CGCAGGCCAUCCCCGUACCAGGAUGCGGAUCGUUAGCCCCGAUGUGCUGUUCGCGCUUUUAAUCCUCCACGUCACCAUCAUACUUGCCCAAGACCAGCAUCAAGCUGGUCAAAUACAGUUUAAAAUCGAAGAACAGAAUCUGGACCAACGCCAAGAACAGGGCCAAGUAAAGGUAAAGGUACAGAUACAAAACCAACGACCAGACGAAAAUGGAUUUGCAGGAAACUCAUACGAUCCAUCCAUUUCGAUCCAACCAAGACUUCAGUGGAGUCAAAGUCAAUUAAAGGAACAGACCAAUAUACAUGGUGCCGCGCACGGAAUUCUGCAACAUCCAGGCGGGUCGCUUUCGCACUCAAUUCAUAUAGGCGGGCAGCAAGAUGCCCAAGGUGGAACAUUCCUCAUACCACCUGUACACUACCUCACGCAGGCCGACAUUGAAAGCGACGGGAAACUGAAGACGGUUGAGCUUAUCAAGAAGUAUGGAUAUCCAGUAGAGACCCAUUUCGUGACCACCAGAGAUGGCUACAAGCUCUGCAUGCACCGCAUGCCGCGACCGGGUGCUCAGCCCAUUUUACUAGUCCAUGGCCUCAUGUCCAGCUCAGCUGCCUGGGUGAUGUUGGGCCCGUCAAACGGACUAGCCUACAUACUGUUCCAGCAGGGCUACGAUGUCUGGAUGUUGAACACGCGCGGCAAUAUUUACUCCAAGGAGCACACGAAAAAGGGGAUCACUAUGAAAGAAUAUUGGGACUUCUCCUUCCACGACAUCGGUACCAUAGAUGUUCCAUCGUCCAUCGACUUGAUCCUGGAGCGCACGAAUUUCCAUCAGAUUCAGUACAUUGGGCACUCCCAGGGCUCAACCGUAUUCUUUGUUAUGUGCAGCGAACUCCCCGAGUACUCAGGCAAAGUGAAGCUAAUGCAGGCUCUCUCCCCGACGGUGUACAUGAAGCAGACUCGCAGUCCGGUGCUCAAGUUCAUAAGCUCUUUUAGGGGGUCUCUGAGGGUACUCCUCGACAUACUGGGAGACCACGAGAUAUCCUUGAACACACAGCUCAUCCAGCAGUUCAGGAACCACAUCUGCUCAGCCAACGAGAUCACGAGUCGAAUUUGCGGAAUUUUUGACUUUGUCCUAUGUGGCUUCAAUUGGGAUAGCUUAAAUCGGACUCUGACUCCCAUCAUCGUCGGUCACGCUUCCCAGGGUGCCUCCACCAAGCAGAUCCACCACUACGCUCAACUGCACAGAAAUCUAUAUUUCCGGCGCUUCGACCACGGUCCGAUUAAAAACCGCAUUCGCUACCAAUCCUUGACCCCACCAUCCUACAAUCUGUCGCAGACGCAGUGCAGGGUGGUCCUGCACCAUGGGGCCAAAGAUUGGCUAGCCUCUGGCUCGGACGUCACCAAUCUGCAGGAUCGUCUGCCUAACUGCAUUGAGAGCCGGAAAGUGGAAUUCGAGAGCUUCACGCACUUCGACUUCGUCAUAUCAAAGGAUGUGCGGUCUUUGGUCUACAAUCGCGUUGUAGAUCUGGUUGUCACGAACCAGAUUCAACCACAGAGGCCAGACGAAAAUAGAUUUACAGGAAGCUCAUACGAUCCAUCCACUCCAAGCCAACUAAGACCGCAGUGGAAUCAAGGUCAAUCAGAGGCAGAGAUCAACGUACAUGGUGAUAGGGUGCAAGGCAUUCUGCAAAAUCCCAAUUUAAACUGGUCGCUACAGCACCCAAUUCAGAUAGGUGGGCAGCAACAUGUAAAACAGGAACCGCUCUUCGAACCACGCCCUGUGCAGGUAGAGAUUAAACUUCAGAGGCCAGACGAAAACGGAUUUACAGGAAACUCAUUCGAUCCAUCCACUCCAAUCCAACUAAGACCGCAGUGGAAUCAAGGUCAAUCAGAGGCAGAGAUCAAUGUACAUGGUGAUAGGGUGCAAGGCAUUCUGCAAAAUCCCAAUUUAAAGUGGUCGCUACAGCACCCAAUUCAGAUAGGUGGGCAGCAAGAUGUACAACAGGGAACGUUCAUCAUACCACCUGUACACUACCUCACGCAGGCCGACAUUGAAACCGACGGGAAACUGAAGACGGUUGAGCUUAUCAAGAAGUAUGGAUAUCCAGUAGAGACCCAUUUCGUGACCACCAGAGAUGGCUACAAGCUCUGCAUGCACCGCAUGCCGCGACCGGGUGCUCAGCCCAUUUUACUAGUCCAUGGCCUCAUGUCCAGCUCAGCUGCCUGGGUGAUGUUGGGCCCGUCAAACGGACUAGCCUACAUACUGUUCCAGCAGGGCUACGAUGUCUGGAUGUUGAACACGCGCGGCAAUAUUUACUCCAAGGAGCACACGAAAAAGUGGAUCACUAUGAAAGAAUAUUGGGACUUCUCCUUCCACGACAUCGGUACCAUAGAUGUUCCAUCGUCCAUCGACUUGAUCCUGGAGCGCACGAAUUUCCAUCAGAUUCAGUACAUUGGGCACUCCCAGGGCUCAACCGUAUUCUUUGUUAUGUGCAGCGAACUCCCCGAGUACUCAGGCAAAGUGAAGCUAAUGCAGGCUCUCUCCCCGACGGUGUACAUGAAGCAGACUCGCAGUCCGGUGCUCAAGUUCAUAAGCUUUUUCAAGGGGCCUCUGUUGGUACUACUCGACAUACUGGGAGGCCACGAGAUAUCCUUGAACACACAGCUCAUCCAGCAGUUCAGGAACCACAUCUGCUCAGCCAACGAGAUCACGAGUCGAAUUUGCGGAAUUUUUGACUUUGUCCUAUGUGGCUUCAAUUGGGAUAGCUUAAAUCGGACUCUGACUCCCAUCAUCGUCGGUCACGCUUCCCAGGGUGCCUCCACCAAGCAGAUCCACCACUACGCUCAACUGCACAGAAAUCUAUAUUUCCGGCGCUUCGACCACGGUCCGAUUAAAAACCGCAUUCGCUACCAAUCCUUGACCCCACCAUCCUACAAUCUGUCGCAGACGCAGUGCAGGGUGGUCCUGCACCAUGGGGCCAAAGAUUGGCUAGCCUCUGGCUCGGACGUCACCAAUCUGCAGGAUCGUCUGCCUAACUGCAUUGAGAGCCGGAAAGUGGAAUUCGAGAGCUUCACGCACUUCGACUUCGUCAUAUCAAAGGAUGUGCGGUCUUUGGUCUACAAUCGCGUUGUAGAUCUGGUUGUCACGAACCAGAUUCAACCACAGAGGCCAGACGAAAAUAGAUUUACAGGAAGCUCAUACGAACCAUCCACUCCAAUCCAACUAAGACCGCAGUGGAAUCAAGGUCAAUCAGAGGCAGAGAUCAAUGUACAUGGUGAUAGGGUGCAAGGCAUUCUGCAAAAUCCCAAUUUAAACUGGUCGCUACAGCACCCAAUUCAGAUAGGUGGGCAGCAACAUGUAAAACAGGAACCGCUCUUCGAACCACGCCCUGUGCAGGUAGAGAUUAAACUUCAGAGGCCAGACGAAAACGGAUUUACAGGAAACUCAUUCGAUCCAUCCACUCCAAUCCAACUAAGACCGCAGUGGAAUCAAGGUCAAUCAGAGGCAGAGAUCAAUGUACAUGGUGAUAGGGUGCAAGGCAUUCUGCAAAAUCCCAAUUUAAACUGGUCGCUACAGCACCCAAUUCAGAUAGGUGGGCAGCAAGAUGUACAACAGGGAACGUUCAUCAUACCACCUGUACACUACCUCACGCAGGCCGACAUUGAAACCGACGGGAAACUGAAGACGGUUGAGCUUAUCAAGAAGUAUGGAUAUCCAGUAGAGACCCAUUUCGUGACCACCAGAGAUGGCUACAAGCUCUGCAUGCACCGCAUGCCGCGACCGGGUGCUCAGCCCAUUUUACUAGUCCAUGGCCUCAUGUCCAGCUCAGCUGCCUGGGUGAUGUUGGGCCCGUCAAACGGACUAGCCUACAUACUGUUCCAGCAGGGCUACGAUGUCUGGAUGUUGAACACGCGCGGCAAUAUUUACUCCAAGGAGCACACGAAAAAGGGGAUCACUAUGAAAGAAUAUUGGGACUUCUCCUUCCACGACAUCGGUACCAUAGAUGUUCCAUCGUCCAUCGACUUGAUCCUGGAGCGCACGCAUUUCCAUCAGAUUCAGUACAUUGGGCACUCCCAGGGCUCAACCGUAUUCUUUGUUAUGUGCAGCGAACUCCCCGAGUACUCAGGCAAAGUGAAGCUAAUGCAGGCUCUCUCCCCGACGGUGUACAUGAAGCAGACUCGCAGUCCGGUGCUCAAGUUCAUAAGCUUUUUUAGGGGGUCUCUGAGGGUACUACUCGACAUACUGGGAGGCCACGAGAUAUCCUUGAACACACAGCUCAUCCAGCAGUUCAGGAACCACAUCUGCUCAGCCAACGAGAUCACGAGUCGAAUUUGCGGAAUUUUUGACUUUGUCCUAUGUGGCAUCAAUUGGGACAGCUUAAAUCGGACUCUGACUCCCAUCAUCGUCGGUCACGCUUCCCAGGGUGCCUCCACCAAGCAGAUCCACCACUACGCUCAACUGCACAGAAAUCUAUAUUUCCGGCGCUUCGACCACGGUCCGAUUAAAAACCGCAUUCGCUACCAAUCCUUGACCCCACCAUCCUACAAUCUGUCGCAGACGCAGUGCAGGGUGGUCCUGCACCAUGGGGCCAAAGAUUGGCUAGCCUCUGGCUCGGACGUCACCAAUCUGCAGGAUCGUCUGCCUAACUGCAUUGAGAGCCGGAAAGUGGAAUUCGAGAGCUUCACGCACUUCGACUUCGUCAUAUCAAAGGAUGUGCGGUCUUUGGUCUACAAUCGCGUUGUGGAUCUGGUUGUCAAAACUUAGAAAGAUUUGGUCAGAGAUACACAUGAUUUUGAUUGGAUACAAUACUUAACGGAUUAUUUUAGCAGGAAAGUUAAUAAAUGAGUCGUGACGAUAUGGGUCACGACACGUGUUAUUUUAUCCUGUA